UUUAUGUUCAUGGUUUAAUAAUACCCAUUUUCUUCUUCUUCGAAUUAAAACUUUACUUUCCAUAAUAAUAAUGUCAAUGGCAGGGGAAGAGUUGCACCACCUCUGACUCUGACCCCAUUGCCAUUUUUCCUGUAUAGAUCACGAUCGGAGACGGUUGAUUUUACGGAGAAGUGGAAAUUCUAUAAUAAUUCGAAUAGGUUAGGGGAGGGUUUGUGAAUUCAUAGGAAAAAUGGGGGUUAUGUCCAGGCGGGUUGUCCCCGUCUGUGGUAACCUCUGUGUGUUUUGUCCUUCUCUUCGUGCAAGAUCAAGGCAACCGGUGAAACGAUACAAGAAGUUCAUUGCUGAUAUAUUCCCGCGUAAUCAGGUUGCUGAGCCUAAUGAUAGGAAAUUUGGAAAGCUAUGUGAGUAUGCUUCUAAGAAUCCAUUGAGAAUUCCAAAGAUUACUGACAACUUGGAGCAAAGAUGUUACAAGGAUUUGCGUAAUGAAAACUUUGGUUCAGUGAAAGUGGUCUUGUGCAUAUACAGGAAACUGUUAUCGACAUGUAAGGAGCAGAUGCCACUGUUUGCCAAUAGUUUAUUAGGGAUCAUUCGGACUCUUCUAGAGCAAACUCGGGCAGAUGAAAUGCAGAUCUUAGGUUGCAACACUCUUGUAGAAUUUAUAGAUUGCCAGACAGAUGGUACAUACAUGUUCAACCUAGAGGGUUUUAUACCAAAACUAUGUCAAUUGGCUCAAGAAGUGGGUAAUAAUGAACAAGCUCUGCUUCUACGUUCAGCUGGACUACAAGCUCUAUCCCAUAUGGUGCAGUUCAUGGGAGAGCACUCACAUCUUUCAAUGGAUUUUGACAAAAUUAUAUCAGUGAUUUUGGAGAAUUUCAAGGAUCUCCAAUCCAAAUCCAAUCUUGCCAAAGUGGAGAAACUGAAUUCACAAUCUCAGAGUCAGUUGGUCCAAGGAUUUCCCAAAGAAGGAGCUGUGACAGAGUCCAAGUUGGAUGCUGCUAAAGAUCCUGCUUAUUGGUCAAAGCUUUGCUUGUAUAAUAUUGCCAAAUUGGCAAAGGAAGCUACCACUGUGCGGCGUGUCCUCAAACCACUUUUUCAUAAUUUUGAUUCUGAAAACCAAUGGUCUUCUGAAAAGGGAGUUGCUUCAUGUGUUUUGAUGUAUUUGCAAUCCCUUCUAGCAGAAUCAGGAGAUAACUCGCAUCUUCUGUUGUCCAUUUUGGUCAAGCACUUGGAUCAUAAGAAUGUUGCUAAGAAGCCGAUCCUUCAGAUUGAUAUUAUUAACACCACCACGCAGCUUGCACAAAAUGUGAAGCAGCAGGCUUCAGUUGCAAUAAUUGGGGCAAUAUCUGACCUCAUUAAACAUUUAAGGAAAUGCCUGCAAAAUUUAGCUGAAGCAUCCAGCAAUGGAAAUGAUGCAUAUAAGUUGAAUGCUGAACUUCAGUCUGCCUUAGAAAUGUGUAUAUUACAACUUUCAAACAAGGUUGGGGAUAUAGGACCAAUUCUUGAUUUGAUGGCUGUGACACUGGAGAAUAUCCCAAUUACUACCAUCAUAGCAAGAUCAACAAUCUCUGCUGUCUAUCAAACAGCAAAAUUAAUCACUUCCAUCCCCAAUGUGUCAUAUCACAAUAAGGCUUUCCCUGAUGCCUUGUUUCAUCAAUUGCUCCUGGCCAUGGCUCAUCCUGACUCUGAAACACAAAUUGGAGCACAUAGUGUCUUCUCCAUGGUGCUUAUGCCAUCCAUGUGUUCUCCUUGGUUAGACCCCAAAACAAAGAUUGCUCAGAAUGACAACUUCUCCACUCAGCAUGAAACUUUUUCUGGAGCUGAAAACUCGAAUGGGAAAUUGGAAGAAGGAAAGGCAAUAGCCAGUGUCAAUGGGAAGAAAUAUGUGAUUCAUCCUUAUCGUGGCUACAGCUUUACUCCGAAGCUAACUGAUGGAGAAGAUGAUCAAAGUUCUCUUUGGCUGAGCAGUCACCAAGUGAGUCUUUUGCUUUCUUCAAUCUGGGUUCAGGCAACAUCUGUGGAGAAUGGCCCUGCAAAUUAUGAGGCAAUGGCACACACCUAUAGCAUUGCUUUAUUAUUUUCUCAUUCUAAGGCGUCAAAUUACAUGGUUUUAGCAAGAUGUUUUCAACUUGCAUUCUCCCUCAGGAGCAUCUCUUUGGAUCAAGAAGGAGGUUUACAACCAUCUCACAGGAGGUCCCUUUUUACCUUGGCUUCAUACAUGCUUAUCUUCUCUGCCAGGGCUGGCAAUGUCCCUGGUCUUAUUCCAGAAGUUAAAGCAUCACUGACAGAGCCAACAGUAGAUCCUUUUCUUGAAUUGGUUGAUGAUAUCCGGCUGCAGGCUGUCUGUAUAGAAUCAGAGAAGAUAAUUUAUGGAUCUCAGGAAGAUGAGGUCGCUGCUGCAAAGUCUCUUUCAGAUGUAGAAUUGGAUGACAAGCAGUUGAAAGAGACUAUAAUAUCGUACUUUAUGACUAAAUUUUCAAAAUUGUCUGAGGAUGAAUUGUCUAGCAUAAAGAAUCAACUUCUACAGGGUUUUUCCCCUGAUGAUGCAUAUCCAUCAGGACCUCCAUUAUUUAUGGAGACGCCAAGACCAUGUUCUCCUCUUGCUCAGAUUGAGUUCCCAAAUUUUGAUGAGAUAAUGGUUCCGGAUGAUUUGAUGGAGGAAGAGACUGGACCUGAACAUAGUGGAAGUCAGUCAGAUCACAAAACAUCACUGUCAACCAACUACCCCGAUGUUCUAAAUGUUAAUCAACUCUUGGAUUCGGUUUUGGAAACUGCACGGCAAGUUGCAAGUUUCUCCACUUCCUCAACUCCUUUACCUUAUGACCAAAUGAAGAACCAGUGUGAGGCACUUGUAACAGGGAAACAACAGAAGAUGUCAGUCAUUCACAGUUUCAAGCAUCAACAGGAGAGUAAGGCCAUAAUUCUUUCAAGUGAAAAUGAAGUAAAAGUUUCCCCUCUACCUGCUAAGGCACUGGAAUAUUCAAACGGUGAUUUGAAGUUAGUGACUCAGCAGCAAUUUGAAGCACAGGAUCAAGUACGCCACCGUUCUCAUGACUCUGGGCACCAACAUUCUUUGAGACUACCACCUUCGAGCCCCUAUGAUAAAUUCUUGAAAGCUGCGGGAUGCUAAUGACACUAACCUGCAAUAGAUGCCAUUUUUUCAUUCUUUGCAAUGCUGUGUGGACCAAAUGCUAGAAGCUCCUAAUGAGUCAUGAUUCAUGAAGAAUGAAUUCCUGUACGGCUGCUCCGCUUUUUCCUUCCCAAAUUGCCAAUAAAGCGAGCUCUGGGCGUAUUACCAUACGUGUAUUUUUAUUUAUAGAUAUUCAUACAUAAAUUAUUAAUAUAAAUAUGUUAUAUGGUAAAUAUACGCUUCAUUUUUACGGUGUAGGGGUGAAAUAGAGGAAAUAUUUGAUAGAUGUGAUGGAAAAUAAAGAGAUAGGGAGGAAAUGGGUUGGGAGAAAAAAUGAGUGUAUGAAAAUAAUAACACAUUUGAUAUAUAUAUAUAAUUUUUUGAAGAAUUA